CGGUUGUGAAAAGUCAAAAAAAAAAACCUGUUAAAAAAUUGUGUAUUAAAAUAGAAACUAGGAGACAAUUUUAUAAGUGAUGCGUUAGAAUAAACAAUAAGAAUUUCAUUUAAAACAAAUUUAUUUAUUUAUAUAAAAUCGGACUCAUUUAUACAAAAAAAAAGUUGUAUUGGGGAUAAUAGACUACAUUACAUUACAAUUUACAAUAGGACAUAACAACAUUACUAAUUUGACGAACGUUUAUUACUUUACAAUUACAAUUUUAUAAUAAAGAAGAUGGCCGACUCACAUAUUAGAAAUCGAAUGCAAGGUUUUAAGAACAAAGGGAAAGAUCAAGAGGAGAUGAGACGUAGAAGAAAUGAAGUAACAGUAGAAUUAAGAAAGAAUAAACGUGAAGAAACAUUGCAAAAACGACGUAAUGUACCAAUAUCAAAUGUUGAUGAUUUGGGUGGCGGUAUUGGUGAUGAUGAUGAUAAUAACAGUGACAAAAUAACAAAUUUAGAAGAAUUAGUACAAAAUGCCGGACGAAUGGAUGCACCAGAAAUACAAUUAAAUGCGGUACAAUCAGCACGAAAAUUAUUAUCAUCUGAUAAAAAUCCACCGAUUGAUGAUUUAAUCGCAAGUGGUAUUUUACCAAUUUUAGUACAAUGUUUACAUUGUCAUGACAAUCCACCAUUACAAUUUGAAGCGGCAUGGGCACUAACAAAUAUCGCUUCAGGUACAUCAGCACAAACAAAUAAAGUUGUUCAUGCUGGUGCUGUACCGCUAUUUUUACAAUUAUUACAAUCACCACAUCAAAAUGUUUGUGAACAAGCGGUAUGGGCGUUAGGUAAUAUUAUUGGGGAUGGUCCAUGUUUACGUGAUUAUGUGAUUAGUUUGGGAGUGGUUACACCAUUGUUAACAUUUAUUAAACCAGAUAUACCAAUCUCAUUUUUACGUAAUGUGACAUGGGUUAUCGUGAAUUUAUGUCGUAAUAAAGAUCCUCCACCAUCACAACAAACAAUUCAAGAGAUUUUACCAGCAUUGAAUGUAUUGAUACAUCAUACGGAUACGAAUAUAUUAGUUGAUACAGUAUGGGCAAUCAGUUAUCUAACUGAUGGAGGUAACGAUCAAAUUCAGAUGGUUAUCGAUAGUGGUGUGGUACCUAAAUUAGUACCACUUUUAUCACAUAAAGAUGUUAAAGUACAGACAGCUGCCCUUCGAGCCGUUGGUAAUAUUGUAACCGGUACUGAUGAACAAACGCAAUGUGUAUUAAAUUGCGAUGCGUUAUCACACUUUAAUACAUUGUUAUCACAUCCUAAAGAGAAGAUUUGUAAAGAGGCUGUAUGGUUCUUAUCAAAUGUAACGGCUGGUAAUCAACAGCAAGUUCAACAAGUGAUCGAUGCUGGUUUAUUACCAAAAAUCAUACAGAAUUUAAGUAAAAAAGAAUUUCAAACACAGAAGGAAGCGGCAUGGGCUAUUUCAAAUUUAACGAUAAGUGGUAAUUGUGAACAAGUGGCACAAUUGAUCCGUGAUGGUGUGAUUCGACCAUUUUGUGAAUUAUUAAAUUGUAAAGAUACACAAGUGAUUCAAGUGGUGUUAGAUGGUAUAAAUAAUAUGUUAAAAAUGGCAUCAUCUACAACAAAUUCAUCUGGUCAUAAUUCUGUUGAUCAAUUAGCAACGAUGAUUGAAGAAUGUGGUGGUCUUGAUAAAAUUGAACAAUUACAAAAUCAUCAAAAUGCUGAAGUUUAUAAAUUAGCAUACGAUAUUAUUGAAUUAUAUUUCUCCGAAGAUGUUGUUGAUGAUGAUCCUAGUUUAGCACCACAAAGUGGAGAUGGUGGUUAUCAAUUCGAUCCAAAUACAAGUAUACCAACUGAUGGUUUUAAAUUUUAAUUUAUAAAAUAUUUAAAAAAUACAACAACAACAAAACAACAACAACUAUAAUAAUAAUAAUAAUAAACAACAACAAGGAACUAUAAACAAUAAUUGAGUAAUAAUUACAUGUUCAUGACUUUAUUUAUGAAUUGUUGUUUUAAAUUAUCAACUAUUAAAUAA